UUUUUUUUCUGUUCCACGCACUCGUUAUAUACUUGACAUAAUUAUAUACUGGACAUAAUAUAAGUCAGAAUUAUACAUAUAUUUAACUUGUUCUUCGUUUAAAUGUGAAAAGAAUCGAUAUAAAAAUAUAAGAUGUUCAUAAAUUGUACAACACUCAAAAUAUUAUAAUGUAGUAUUGUGUAAAUAUCAAUCAUAUAAUAUAUUUCUUAUUCUUAAUCUCUAAAGUAUUUUUUUAAAUACUAGGAUAGAAUAGGAAAUCAUUUUAGAUUUAGAUUACUAAUUAAAAAUAACGAAAGAAAACAGAGAAUAGUUACAUAGAAAUUAUAAUAAUUUUAAUAUAAUAACAAAUAUAUAAAUCUAGUAUAACGUAAAUAAAAUCGUAACUACCGGAUUUGCAGAAUUUAAUCGUUGAACAGUUUUAUUCAGUAUCAAUACCGCAUAUUAUUAUUAUAUUAUUAUAUUAUUACUAUGAACUUACAUUAUGCAUUUCCUAUUAAACUUUUCCAGAAUUUUCCAUCAGAAUAUUUUACGUCUGUUUUACGUUAUACAUUACAAGAUGUUCAUGUGUACCUACUAAAUACGCUGUCAUCUGUGCAACCAUCGAACAAUACUUAUAUCAUUACAUAUUGUGUCCAUUACCGGUAAUUACGUUUUAACCAUUAGCUUGUAUGUUUUCUCUCUUUCUUUCUUUUGUUUUUGUUUUCCUUCGACAUACGAAUCACGGAAGCUUCUUCCUUUGUCUCGACGACAUAAAGUAUAAAUUUUCUUCGAAUAAAUGCUAUGAAAUCAAGUUUCUAAACGAGAUUGCAACCCAGUAUAUUAGCUGCAAACGAUCUGUCGACAGUCGGAGUCUUUAUAAAAGAACGAUGAGGGCUAGUUACGACGAGUUUCAAGAAAGUACUUCAGAUUAAACUUAUAUAUAUCUCUGUAAAAUUGAAAAAUAUUGUAAAAUGUGUGCCCGCGUUAAAUUAUUAAUCUGCGUAAUUAUGAUCGCGCUCUUCACGAUCAAUCAAACGGAUGCUGUGUUGACGAUGGAACAAAUUCACAAGACGGCGAUGACUAUGCGAAACACGUGUACAACUAAAAGCCACGCAGAUCCCGGAGCUGUUGCAGGAAUNNAAACAGGUCAAUUUCCAGAUGACGAUCAAUCAUUAAAGUGCUACACACUUUGUAUAAUGAAAUCGAUGCGAACUUGGAAGAGUGGACGCAUAGAUGAAGGCAUGAUGCUUAAACAGCUGGAUAUAAUGAUGCCUGUCGAAAUGGCAACGCCUCUGAAAGCAGUUACAACUGUGUGCGCUGCACGUCCUCCUGCUAGCGAUGAUUGCGAAACAACUUACCAGUUUGUGAAGUGUAGCUAUGAAACAGAUAAGGAUCACUUCUUCUUCCCUUAAUCGAAAUCGGAUGCAGAUAAUUUUGGAAAAAUAAUGUGAUUACAUAAAACGAAAAAUUGUGAUUGUGUUUUUAGCGAUACGUAAACAUAAAAGUUAAGAAAAAUAUACAAUAUAAAAAAUUAUAAGAUUUAUGUAAUCAUAUAUGAACAAAUAGAUUACGACAAGGCGUAAUAUUAAAAUUGUAUCUUAGAAAAAAAUUAUAUAAUAUUAUAUAUGCGUUUAUGCAUUAUUAUAAUUAACAAGUAGUUUAUCAAGUAACAUGUGAAGUAGCUGUUAAAAUUUUCUGUUGGUCAAAAGCGCUUUAAAAACGACAUAAAUAGUUGCACAAUAUCAAUAUAUCUUUGUUUAAAAUAAUAAUUUUCGAAACAAACGACUUUACUCUGCAAGAAUACAUGCAAUUUUCAGAAACUUUCCCCUACUUUUCCCAAAAAUUGUAAUAAAUAUACAAAAAUUUUAAUCAAUAUAAAAUAUCAAAUUAUAUACAUAUACAUACACACGCACUUAUCAACAAUUAAUAAUUACUAAAUAUUUAACUAUAAGAAUAAAACUUGGAAUGCA